AGGCUGCGGGCCGACAACCACACACACUUCUAGCAGCGUGUGUGGAACGCUCACUGUCCCGUCCGGCUAACCGGCAAAUAAUUUAACUAAAGUCGCUUUUUUUGUUUUAUUGUUUACACAUUUAAACCGGAUUCAUUAAGACGCAGAGAACUGCUCUGCGGUCAAAUCUGGUCUUUAUCUGUAGCUAGUGUUUGGGUCUCAUCUUCUCCUGCUUUCCCCACGCGUCUUGGGUUUCACGUGGAGACCGUGGCUCAUCACCAUCACCAUCGUAAACAUCCAGCAGUUUUCAGGUUACAGUAGUUAGCAUUAGCCGUCCGGGACAAAAAUGACGAAGAUGGCGACAUUGAUUCUAGAAGACGGGGCGACGUUCAAAGGCCUCCUAUUUGGUGCAAAUGUGUCAGUGUCGGGAGAAGUUGUGUUUCAGACAGGCAUGGUGGGCUACCCCGAGGCUCUUACUGACCCAUCCUACCGCUGCCAGCUGCUGACCCUCACUUACCCUCUGGUGGGCAACUAUGGUGUACCACAGGACGAAGAGGGAGAGUUUGGACUGAGCAAGUGGUUUGAGUCGUCGAAGAUCCACGCUGCGGCCCUGAUUAUCGGAGAGCUGUCGGAGAGUCCCAGCCACUGGAGUUCAGCCAGGUCGCUGGACCAGUGGCUCAAGGAGCAAGGUGUUCCUGGAAUACAAGGCAUUGACACCCGCCGUCUGACCAAAAAGAUAAGAGAGAAGGGCACCAUGUUGGGGAAGCUGGUGGUGGACGGUACUCCUCAGGACAGUAUUCCAUUUGAUAACCCGGACAAGAGAAACCUGGUCCAGGAGGUCUCCAUGAAGGAGCCCAAAGUAUUCAACCCGAGUGGUAGUUUGCGAAUCACAGUGGUGGACUGCGGCAUCAAAUACAACCAGAUCCGUUGCCUGGCUCAGAGGGGCGCCCGUGUAACUGUCGUACCCUGGGACCACCCACUGGACAGCACAGAUUUUGAUGGUUUGUUCAUCAGUAACGGCCCCGGGGACCCCCAGCUCUGUCAGACCACCAUCAACAACAUGAGGAAGGUGGUGUGCGUGGACCGUCCCAAGCCGGUUUUCGGUAUUUGCCUCGGACACCAGCUGCUCUCUUUACUCAUUGGAUCGAAGACCUACAAGAUGAAAUACGGUAACCGUGGCCACAACCAGCCGUGCAUCCACAAGGGAACAGAUCGCUGCUUCAUCACCAGUCAAAACCACGGCUUUGCUGUCGACCCCGACACCCUGCCGAAAGACUGGGACGUCCUCUUCACCAACGCCAAUGAUCAUACAAACGAGGGCAUCGUGCACAACACCAAACCCCUGUUCAGUGUUCAGUUCCACCCAGAGCACAUGGCCGGCCCCACAGACCUGGUCGGCCUGUUUGAUGUCUUCCUUGAGACCGUGAAAGACCACAAGGAGGGAAAUGCUACCAAAUCUGUGAAGCAACGCCUCACGGACCAUCUCACCUACGCGGGUUCCCCGAAGCCUGAAGAGGUAUUCCGACCCAGGAAGGUCCUCAUCCUGGGCUCUGGAGGACUGUCCAUCGGCCAGGCCGGGGAAUUCGACUACUCCGGCUCCCAGGCUAUUAAGGCUCUCAAGGAAGAGAAUAUCCAGACUGUGUUGAUCAACCCCAACAUUGCCACUGUCCAGACCUCCAAGGGCCUGGCUGACAAGGUCUACUUCCUGCCGAUCACAGCGGAGUAUGUCACUCAGGUUAUAAAGAAUGAACGUCCAGAUGGCGUGCUGCUGACCUUCGGCGGUCAGACGGCUUUGAAUUGCGGCGUGGAGCUGACCAAGCUGGGCGUCCUGGAGAAGUAUAAAGUCAGGGUUCUGGGAACACCAGUGGCCUCCAUCGAGAUGACCGAAGACAGGAAGAUCUUUGUGGAGAAGAUGGAGGAGAUCAAUGAACACGUAGCUCCCAGUGAAGCAGCGUUGUCUGUGGAGCAGGCAGUGGCAGCUGCAGAACGUCUAGGCUACCCUGUUCUGGUUCGUUCCGCUUUCGCUCUUGGUGGUCUGGGCUCGGGCUUUGCCAACAAUAGAGAGGAGCUCACCUGUCUGGUGACAUCAGCCUUCGCCCACACCUCCCAGGUGCUGGUGGACAAAUCCCUGAAAGGCUGGAAAGAGAUCGAGUACGAGGUGGUCCGUGAUGCCUACGACAACUGUGUCACUGUGUGUAAUAUGGAGAAUAUUGAUCCUCUGGGCAUCCAUACUGGAGAAUCCAUCGUGGUGGCGCCCAGUCAGACGCUCAACGACCAUGAAUACAACAUGCUGAGGAACACGGCCAUAAAAGUCAUCAGACACCUCGGCAUUGUAGGAGAGUGCAACAUCCAGUACGCUCUUAACCCAGAGUCCGAACAGUACUACAUCAUCGAGGUGAAUGCCCGUCUGUCGCGGAGCUCUGCUCUGGCCAGUAAGGCGACAGGUUAUCCUCUGGCAUAUGUAGCGGCUAAACUUGGCCUGGGGAUUCCGCUGCCACUACUCAAGAACUCUGUUACCAACUCCACAACAGCGAACUUUGAGCCUAGUUUGGACUACUGCGUGGUGAAGGUGCCUCGCUGGGAUCUCAGCAAGUUCCUCCGAGUUUCCACCACGAUUGGCAGCUCCAUGAAGAGUGUUGGUGAGGUGAUGGCUAUUGGCCGCAGCUUUGAGGAGGCCUUCCAGAAAGCUCUGAGGAUGGUGGAUGAGAACUGUGUUGGCUUUGACCACACCAUCAAGCCUGUCUCUGACGAGGAGUUGCAGACUCCUACGGAUAAGCGUAUCUUUGUUUUGGCGUCGGCGUUCAGAGGCGGCUACACGGUGGACCAGCUGUACGAGCUCACCAAGAUCGACCGCUGGUUCCUGCACAAGAUGAAGAACAUCACCGACCACGAGCGGCUGCUGGAGACGUACAACCAGGAUGAGGGUGUCAUGCCUCCAGAGGUGAUGCGAAAGGCCAAGCAGCUGGGCUUCUCAGACAAGCAGAUAGCACAAGCUGUCCAGAGCACAGAGCUUGUAGUAAGAAAGCUGCGUCACGAUUGGUCCAUCCUACCUGUAGUGAAGCAGAUCGAUACGGUGGCGGCUGAAUGGCCCGCCCACACAAACUACCUGUACUUGACCUACCACGGCACAGAGGACGACCUGGGCUUUGAUGAUCAGCACGUCAUGGUGAUCGGCUCCGGUGUAUACCGCAUCGGCAGCAGCGUGGAGUUUGAUUGGUGUGCAGUCGGCUGCAUCACCGAGCUCAGGAAGAUGGGUUAUAAGACCAUAAUGGUGAACUACAACCCAGAGACGGUCAGUACAGACUACGACAUGUGUGACCGCCUCUACUUUGAUGAGAUCUCGUUUGAGGUCGUGAUGGAUAUCUAUGAGAGGGAAAACCCAGAGGGAGUGAUUCUCUCUAUGGGAGGCCAGCUGCCCAACAACAUCGCCAUGUCGCUGCACCGCCAGCAGUGCCGCAUCCUGGGGACUUCACCGGAGUUCAUCGACUGUGCCGAGAACCGGUUCAAGUUCUCCCGAAUGCUGGACACGAUCGGAAUCAGCCAGCCACAGUGGAAGGAGCUCUCGGACACUGAGUCUGCUUGGAAGUUCUGUGAGACUGUGGGUUAUCCCUGCCUGGUUCGACCCUCCUACGUUCUCAGCGGGGCGGCCAUGAACGUCGCCUACAGUGACAGCGACCUCGAGAAAUACCUGACUAACGCUGUAGCCGUGUCCAAGGAACACCCUGUUGUCAUCUCCAAAUUCAUACAGGAGGCCAAGGAGAUAGACGUGGACGCCGUAGCCUGUGACGGGGUAGUGAUGGCCAUCGCAGUGUCCGAACACGUGGAGAACGCUGGCGUUCACUCUGGUGACGCCACACUGGUGACACCACCCCAGGAUAUCAAUCAGAAGACGAUGGAGAGGAUCAAGAUCAUCGUCCACGCCAUCGGCCUGGAGCUGCAGGUCACUGGACCUUUCAACCUGCAGCUGAUUGCCAAGGAUGAUCAACUGAAGGUGAUCGAGUGCAACGUGCGAGUGUCUCGCUCCUUCCCCUUCGUAUCCAAGACACUGGGCGUGGACCUUGUUGCCCUGGCAACUCAGGCCAUUGUGGGGGAGGACGUGCAGCCUGUGGGGCUAAUGAGAGGAAAGGGGAUUGUAGGAGUCAAGGUUCCCCAGUUUUCAUUCUCUCGGCUGGCCGGAGCUGACGUGGUGCUCGGGGUGGAGAUGACCAGCACAGGCGAGGUGGCCUGUUUUGGCGAGAACAGAUACGAGGCUUACCUCAAAGCCAUGCUCUCCACGGGCUUCAAGAUUCCCAAGAAGAACAUCCUGCUCUCCAUCGGCAGCUAUAAGAACAAGAGUGAACUGCUGCCCACCGUGCAGGCUCUGGAGUCUAUGGGUUACGACCUGUACGCCAGUCUGGGUACUGCAGAUUUCUACACAGAACAUGGAGUCAAGGUGAAAGCAGUGGACUGGCCAUUUGAAGAGGAGGACAGCGAUUGUCCCACUAAAGAGAAGCAGCGCAGCAUCAUGAACUAUUUGGAGGAAAACCACUUUGACCUGGUCAUCAAUCUCUCCAUGAGAAAAAGGGGGGAACAUGUAUACUGUCUAAUCGAUGUGCAUGUUCACCUGCGGGAGCCUGGUGCCACCCAUAAGGAGGACUUCUCCUCUGGUACAGCAGCUGCUCUGGCAGGAGGAGUGACCAUGGUGUGUGCAAUGCCCAAUACCUCCCCUGCCAUUACUGACGCCAGCACUCUGGCCCUGGUACAGAAGCUGGCCAAAGCGGGCUGCCGGUGUGACUACGCCCUGUAUUUGGGCGCUGCUUCAGACAACGCUGCCGUCCUGCCGUCCAUCGCUAGCCAGGCUGCCGGUCUGAAGAUGUACCUGAACGACACGUACUCCACCCUCAAGAUGGACAACGUCUCUCUCUGGAUGGAGCACUUUGAGAAGUGGCCGAAGCAGAUGCCCAUCGUGGCUCACGCCGAGAAGCAGACGGUGGCUGCAAUCCUCAUGGUGGCCCAGCUCUACCAGCGGCCAGUUCACAUCUGCCACAUAGCCAAGAAGGAGGAGAUCCUAAUCAUCCGAGCGGCAAAGCAGAAGGGCAUCCAGGUCACCUGUGAGGUGGCACCUCAUCACCUCUUCCUUUGUGAGGAAAACGUGGUAGAGAUCGGCGCGGGACGAGCGCAGGUCCGACCCAUGCUGGGAACAAAGGAGGACAUGGAGGCUCUGUGGGAAAACCUGGACAUCAUUGACUGCUUUGCCACAGAUCACGCUCCCCACUCUGUAGAGGAGAAGAACGGGGAUCAUCCCCCUCCGGGCUACCCCGGCCUGGAAACGAUGCUGCCGCUGCUGCUGACCGCCGUCAGCGAUGGACGUCUCACCAUGGAUGAUAUCAUCAGGCGUCUUUACGACAACCCACGCAGGAUCUUCAACCUGCCUGUCCAGGACAACACCUAUGUGGAGGUGGACUUGGAGCAGGAGUGGGUUAUUCCUCAGGCCAUGCAGUUCACAAAGUCCAAGUGGACACCUUUUCAGGGUCUGAAGGUGAAGGGUAAAGUCCGCCGCGUGGUUCUACGAGGAGAGGUGGCCUACAUCGACGGCCAGGUGUUGGUACCUCCAGGUUAUGGUGAGGAUGUGAAGACCUGGCCCACUGCUUCAAUCCAUCCCCCUGAACCUGUUAAAGAAAGCCCAAGGACUCCAGAGCACCCACGUCCUACUCCUCCUCGGGAAGGCCCGGUCCGAACCCGAGCACCCAGCCCUCGGCGACUAACAUCAGAGAGCCGCUACCUGCUGCCUCCUCGCACCCACCGCUCUUCAGAUCCUGGACUAACACUGGAAAUGGUUAUGCUCCCAGCAGCUGGAGUCGGGGACGGUUACAGCCACCCUCCUCCUCUGUCCCGGCUGCUGUCCCCUCAGUCAGCAGUGGGACCGCUACCUGCUGGACAGGUGUCCCACUUCCAGACCUCUCCCCUGCUGCACCCGCUGGUGGGCCAGCACAUCCUGUCUGUCAGGCAGUUUAGCAAAGAGCAGAUCUCACACCUUUUUAAUGUUGCCCACACUUUGCGUUUGAUGGUUCAGAAGGAACGAAGCCUGGAUAUCCUGAAGGGUAAGGUGAUGGCGUCCAUGUUCUACGAGGUCAGCACUCGCACCAGCAGCUCCUUCGCGGCAGCCAUGCAGCGCCUGGGCGGCUCGGUCGUCCACUUCAGCGAAUCCACCUCGUCGGUGCAAAAAGGAGAAUCCCUGGCCGACUCGGUCCAGACCAUGAGCUGCUACGCCGACGUUCUGGUGCUCCGACACCCAACGCCUGGAGCUGUGGAGACUGCAUCGCGUCAUUGCCGUAAGCCUGUGAUCAAUGCUGGAGACGGUGUCGGGGAGCACCCAACCCAGGCGCUGCUGGACGUCUUCACCAUCAGAGAGGAGCUGGGGACGGUCAACGGCAUGACGAUAACUAUGGUUGGGGAUCUGAAACACGGCCGCACGGUUCAUUCCCUCGCCAAACUGCUGACCCAGUACCGCAUCACCCUGCGCUACGUGGCUCCCAAGAACCUCCACAUGCCAACAGAGAUCAUCAGCUACGUGGCCUCAAAGGGCAUCAGACAGGAGGAGUUUGAUAGUAUCGAGGAAGCUCUGCCUGAGACGGACGUCCUCUACAUGACGCGGAUCCAGAAGGAGAGGUUUGCAUCUGAGGAGGAGUACAAGGCUUGUUUUGGCCAGUUCGUCCUCACCCCUCACAUCAUGACUGUAGCCAAAAGGAAGAUGGUGGUGAUGCAUCCGCUGCCCAGAGUCAAUGAAAUCAGUGCCGAGGUGGACACAGACCCAAGGGCAGCAUAUUUCCGUCAAGCAGAGAACGGCAUGUACAUCCGAAUGGCCCUGCUGGCCACCGUACUGAGCAGAUAGAUCCGUAUGCCGGCCAUUUGUAGCCCAAAUUGUGAAAACUUUUAGAAUAAUAACACCACCAUUUUCUUUUUCUGUAAUCUGUGGAUUUCUUGAAUGCAUCCCUUGAAGGGGUUUUAGUAGUUAAAGUUGCAUCAUGCGGUUACAUGAUAAUGCUUUCCUUCAGUUUGACGGAGCGCUACAUGUUAUUCUUUUCAUCCAUAUGUCACCUGCAGAAUUACUACUUUUUUUUAUUGUCUUAAAACACAAUUUGUGUUAUGCAUAAAACUGCAUCCUAAUGCAAAAUAACGUAGAUGAUGUAUUUGAACUAGUGAGCAUUUCUUUGUUUUGUUUUGUAUGUUUUAUGAUGUUGAACAGACCAGCAGUAUUUGUGAAUCAGUCAGCCAUAGCGCACUGGAGGAGCUGGGGAAGAAAAAGGGAUGUGGAUAUCUUAAUCAUAACAUUAAAGAUACUAUGAUGUGUGAUAUUAAUGAAAUAAAUGUUUUGGUAGCUGUGUAAAAUGUAUUCAACUGUAGGUACAUUUAAAGAGAGCAGUGAAGAUAUAAACUGAAAAUGGCUACACACAAAUAUUCUCUGAAAUAGUGGUCUGUGAUGGUUUAGGGUAUUUCUUAAACUGUAGCAAUUUAGAAGUACAUUUUUAUCCAAAUGGGAGUUGGUGAAUUACUUUGUAUUAUGCAGAGAAAUAAAUAAUAAAAAUGUUUAUUUUGCA